GGGCACAAGAAGCAUAAUAACUGUGAACAAGUAGUAAUAUUACAUGAAGCAAACCUAGUGUUUUAUCAUUUAAGGUUUGGUUUUUUUAUUUAUUUGAAGUCUUCGCUCAGGAUUUUAAAUGUCUGGUUUACCACCCGGAGACCCCAAAUUGGUCUCUAUGAUUGUUAAUCAUUUAAAAACACAAGGGCUUUUUGAUCAGUUCAGAAGGGAUUGUUUGGCAGAUGUGGACACAAAGCCUGCUUACCUGAACUUAAGACAGCGAGUGGAUAACUUUGUGUCUAACCACCUAUCGAAUCACACAUGGAGCCCGCAUCUGAACAAGAAUCAGCUGAGGAACAGCAUCAGGCAGCUUGUGUUACAAUCGGGGAUGUUGGAGGCGGGAGUUGAUAGAAUAGUCACACAGGUUGUAGAUCCUAAAAUUCACCACACCUUCAGGCCUCAAGUGGAACGAGUAGUGUGUGAUUUUCUUGGUUCUAUAAACCAGAAGGAGGAGCCACCAGUUUGUUCUGUCCAAGCAGAAGAAAAGCAAGAGUAUUACAUUCCAACUACAGGCAUGUCCUCUGUCCCCAACACGUCAGUAGCCAGUGAUGCUAUGUCCAUUCUGGAUACAAUUACGUCUCUGAACCAGGAGGCAAGUGCUGCUUGGGCAUCAAAUGACAUUUCAGCUGGGAAAUCUGGGGACAGAACAGUCAGGAGAACCAUUUCUCAGCCUGCUACUGAUGGAGGUUUAGAGAAGGAGAAGUCUCCUGAUGAUGCAGUGGGCAAAGAGAAACUGAGCGGAGAAGUCGGUGAUGAAGAGAUGUGCACCGCAGAGGAAGAAAACCUGGAAGCUGCUAUGCUUGAGCCCCAGGAUGCUGAGAAUACAGCAGAGGAGCCCAACGAGCAGAUGGAACUGAGCAAAGAAACCACUGAGGAGUUCAAAGAGCCAAGUGAUGAUGCUGAGGAAAGCAAGCCAGAUGAAAGCAAAGAAAAGGUUAAUGAAAAAACAAAGGAGUCCCUGAAAGGAAAAGAUGAAACCGCAGCAAAGGAAAAGGAUGGAGAGGCUGAACAGACUCCCACUGACAAACAUCAUAUACGACAGAAAGCCAGAGAGAGGCUGAAAGAAGAAUAUUCCCUAGAAGACUCUGACCUAGAAGGCCUGAGUGACAUCUCUGUCAGCUCCGUCCACACCAGUGACCUGUCCUGUUUUGAAGAGGAGAGUGAGGAAGAGCCCCAGCUUUCUGACUCUACAGAGGAAGGGGAGAUUACUUCUGAGGAUGAGGAGAAAGUGGAACACAAAGCAGAGACUGCACUGAAGGAUGAGACCAUAGAGCGCAAACCCAGAACAGGCCGGCAAGCCUACGUCCACAAGCCUUUCCUUUACUCCAAGUACUACAGUGAUUCUGAUGAUGAAGUGACAGUGGAGCAACGCAGGCGCUCUGCAGCCAAAGACAAAGAAGAAAGGCUACUGAAAAGACAGCAGAACAGAGAGAGGUUAGAAGAGAAGCGCAAACAGAAAUCUGCACAGCUGGAGCAGCUAGAUGAAAGGAAUGCAGUCUCUCCAGUCUGUGAUCCAGAAGGACCAAGUGUUAAAGAGGCACUGAAAGAGCAGAAGGUCCUGGAAAAGAAAGUGGCAAUCAGCAGGAAGCGGAAACGAGAUUCCAGGAAAGAUGAAGAUUUUGGCAGUAGUAUUAAGAAAAAAGGUGAUCCGGAGGAGGAAUCUAAAGAAACAUUAAAGAAGACUGAUGGACCGGAAGCCAUGGCUUCUUCAAAGGAACUGAAAGCUGGUCCUCUGAAGGGCCAGCAGCUGAAGCCGGUUAGAAGACUCUCGGAGUCUGCUGCUUCUGAAGAGGGCAGAACAGAAGCACGGAGGAAGAAGGUGGUCAGCUCUGUCUCGGAGGACACCGUUGCAAGUGGAGAAGCAAAAGAACACAAAAAAGUACCUGAUAAAAACAGGACCCACUCUUUCAUUUUGGAUCUUGAACAAGGUUCGGAGGAGCUGUUUAAACAAAGGACAGCAGGGAAACUUGAGAAGCACCCUAAAAAAGAAAUGGGAGAGGCGGAUGUUGAGUCUGGGAGAAAAAAGGAGAUGAAACAUUCCAAGGAAAGGAGUGACAGAGAAAGAAGCCUUUCAGAUGACCGAGUCAAGCACAAGCAGAAAAUUGAUAAAGCACAGAAAGGAGCUGAAGGUCCUAUUGAAUAUCAUGGUUUGGAAAGUAAAGGGCUGGAACAUUUGCAGAAGGAUGGUAGUUCUGUUUCUAAGCCAGCUGUAGAUGAUAAGUCUGAUAGAAAGAGCAAGGGAAAAACAGAAAAGAAGAGUUUGUCUUCAGUCAAGGAGUCAAAGCUUGUGAUAUCAGAAGUGACCUUGGAUGAAAGCUCUUCUAAGGAUGGCACAAGGAAGGUUAAAGUUUCUUUAAGUGACAGUUCAAAAACGGAGAAGGUAAGGAGUGAGAAAGCACUAACAAAGUGUGACUCUAAGCAGCAGCUCCUCCUAGACUCCUUUUCCAAACUGGAAAGUUCCUCUGAAGACAAAUCAGAUAUAGAGCCUGUAACUGACAUUGGAAGAAAAAAAGAAAAGCAUUCCAAAGACAUUACAAAGAGAUCCAAGAGCUACUCUGAUGACCGGUAUAUGGAAAAAGUGAAAUCCAAGAAUGAAAACCGAGAAGCCAAACCAAGUGAGAGAGAAAGCAUGAGUUCUGAUCGGAAAUCAAAGGUAGAUCAGACCCUUCAAGACUUGAAAACCGAAAAAUCUAGUUUGGACGUUGAUACUGAGCGUAGAUUCAGGGAACUGGAUUCUGGAUUUAAGGGUAAAGCUACAGCAGAAUCGGACGGUGAGAGUAGCAGUAAAUUAGCCACUGGUGCUCAGAAGGAUUCAACUUCCAAAGUUAAAGUGGAAAAGUCCUUAGUAAAAUCGAAAUCAAGGGACGAUUCCAAAGUUCAGUCUACAUCCAAGGUGGAAAAGAAAUCAAUGAGUACAGAGCAUAAAAGCAAAGUUCCAAAACCAAACAGGUCUGACUCAUCAAGAGAGAGAAAAAGGGAAGGGAGUGUGAAGGAAGAAAGGAGGAGUUCAGAAGAAAAGAUACAUGAUAAACCUAAGGACGAAACACAAGCACAAGAAAGCAAGGAUAUUAAGAAUAUUGAUAAAAAAUGUGUUAAAGAUUUUGAAAAGAAAAAGGCAGAUGAAACCAUUAUUGCACAAACUUGGGAUGAGAAAACUGACGACUCUGAAGUGAAAGAAAACGUAAGACAAGAUCACAGUAGAACACCACUCAAUGUUGCUGUCGCUGAAGACCUUUCCCAGUUCACUCAUGAAAAUGUCGAUGCUGAUAUUGAGCACGCAGAUGUAUCUGAACUUGGCAAAAAGCAUGAGGCUCUUGAUACCAACAGUUUGGAAAAUGAAACCCAACCUGUCUCUGAACAGAUGGAUUUUCCAGAUGGUAAAAGUGCAGAGCCAGAAGGAAUAACUGCUGUUUCAGACGACACAUUUGAUGCCCUGAGUGAUGUUACUCCUGAACCUGAAGUUGAGACACAAAUGCAGACAUGUUCCCCUGAGCACGAUUCCAAGGAAGAUGAGACAGAUAGUUCCAAGAUAGAGCUACUAGAGCACAGGCAGACUGUAUUGGAGCCAGAAAUGCGUGUGUGCCCAAUGGAGAUUGGUACCGAGAAUGAUGCUUUGGGCGAUAGAGAGAAUCCAAAAGAUGAAGAAAAUGUUCCAACUAAUGUGGUGUCAUAUCCAACAGUACUUUCUUUGGAGACUGAAGAUAAAGACCUCGCUACUGGUCAGCAGCAAGAAAUGGAUAAUGCCUGUGAAGAAGAAGAAAAAAGUUCUGUUGUGAUUUCUGCAGAGGAAAAUAACCCUGACCUCAAAAGUGAGACCAAAGUGGAAUUGGAAGGGAUUACACAGCCGGAAACUGUGGAAACGGUUCAAGACAUUUCUUUUGAAGAGGCUGAUAUGAAGAUGAAAGAAGCUGCCUUGACAUUGUUAUCAAUGGAUUCAGAGAUCACAUCUCAGGAUUUACAGGCAACACAGACAGGGUUUGCUGUAGAAAUAUCGUCGCCUGUACCACACAAUAACGAUCAACAAGAAAAUUCUCAGGCAGGAAACAUAAAUAUCUUGAGUGAUGUACAACAAUUGGAAAGCACAAUAGGACAGGGACAUCAUCAAUCUAAUGAAGUUUGCAAUAAGGCUGUCAGCUCUGGAGAAGAUGUAGAAAAUAAGGAGGAUCACAAAGACAAAAAUAUAGACACCUCAAUAAUGGCAGUGGACAAAACUGUAGGAGAAGCAGAUGCAGAUUGUAAAGAUGCAACUAAAGUAAGUGAGAGUGUACCGGAGAAGAAGCCAGCACCUGAGACGACCUGUGAAGGCAAGCUGGAAGUAAAUAAUCCUAUCAAGGAAAAGGUGACUCCUCGAAGGGGAAGACCACCUAAGGCCUUGUCUGCAGCUGUGAAGAAAAUUGUGUCAUCAGGAGGGUGUUCCACUGAGAUGCCUGGAGAUACAGACAUAGGUCAGAGAAAGGUGACACCUAAUGAUGAAGAAAAGGCUACUCCUGCCAUAGACCAGGAAAAGGUGAAUCAAAGUCAAGAAAAUCCAAGUGACAAAAAACAGAAACCAGAUGAAGAUGAGAACAUUUCUUCACAAACGAUAUUACAGGUUGAAAAUAAAGAUACCCAGGAACAGAGAACUGGAGAGCAUCAAUCACCUGAGAAUGAAGCUGGUAAGUCCACAAAUCAGGAUCGGGAGGUAGCAGAGGACAGAAAAGAAUCAGAGAUGAAAGCUGCUUCUGGGGAAUCAGAAACUGCAAUCUGCAAGAGAAGAGGAAGACGGCGCUCAAAGCAGGCCUCUAUUUCAGUGGAAGACACAAGUGAUCCAUUGGUUGCUGCAGGGGAGCCUCAUCUUAAAAAAAGGAGCGAUAUAUCAGUGCAAGAGGGUGAAGAUUGUGAAAAGAGUAAAGAGGACACCUUGGUUUCUGAAGCAGAACUGUCUGUUGACGCUCCAGAAGGCUUCAAUCCUGACGAUGAGAGCAAAUACGAAUUUCUUGAAGCUGAAGAAAAAGAUCAUGUGGAGGAAGCUUCUGGGCAGUCUGAAGAAGCCAGAGGGACUCGCAAGGGCAGAAAACCCAAACUAGCGAGACAGACAAGUAAAACAUCCCAGAAAGAUGAGGAUGAGGAGAAAGCACAAAAGCCAUAUACAUCGGGACUUGAUGAAGAUGUUGAUGACAAAAAGCCAGCUCGAAGAGGAAGGCCUUCGAAAAAACUUACAGCACUCUCAAAGGAAGCUAGUAAACCACUUAAAAAGGAGGAAGAAGAAGCAUCUGAUGAACAAUCAGAGACUGAAAACAAAUUGGACAAGGCUGAAGGAAGAACACCUAGAAAAGGAAGGCAGACCGGUCAAAAAUCCACUCCAGUGAAGGAUGCAAGCAAGCCAUUAAAGAGUGAAAAGGAAAAUAAAGAACAGGGCUUGGAUAACUCAGAGGAGGAGGAAAAACUGGAAAAAGUACACGAGGGCGAAAGGCAGAAAAGGAGAAUCUCUCAGACUGCUUUAACUCCUCUCGGGGAAAUAAGUAAAAGAAGUAAGGAAGAGGAGAGUCCUGUGCAGAGCACAGAUCAGAAAUCUGAAAGUGAAGAAGAAACUGAGACAGUCAAAGAGCCAAAAGUUCUGCGGAGAGGAAGGUCGUCAAGAAACCACGCCCCUCCUCUCAAGGAAACAAGAACUUCAUCCCAAGAAGUAGAUGAGGAAGAAGGAGAGAAUUCAGAAGAGAAGCCAGCGAAGAUUGAGAAGCCUCCUGUUCGCAGAGGAAGACGUCCUGCUGCCCAGCUGAAAGACGCUAACAAAGGUAAGGAGCAGAAGAAAGAUGAUGAUGAAAAAACAGAAAAUAGUUCUGAAGAAAAGCAAGAUGAGAAGGAUGAAGAAGAGAAAACUCCGCAGCGGAGACCUGGGCGCCGUGGAAGGAAACCCAAGUCUCAGACAUCCACCCCACAGCAAGCAGAUAAACAGUCAAAGGACCAGAGUGAGGAAAAGGAAGGUGAAGAAAGCUCUGAAGCAGACUUGAAAGAUGACGAAGAGCCUGAUAAUGAAGAUAAAGGUGCCAUAAAGGGGAAAGGAAAAUGUCCGCCUAAGCAAUCCAGAGGUAAGCCUGCUACAAAGAGAAAGAGGGCAGAAGAAAAUGAGGACUCUGAUGAAGGAGAACCUGAAGAAGCCGAAGAGAAGAACGCUGCCCUAAUGAGGCGAAUGCCAAAACGAGCUCGAGAUGACAGUUGCAGUCCUUUGGAAGAUCAGGAGGAUGGAAAAGGAGAUGAAAACUUACAUGAAUCAAAAGCUGAAAAUGAUGAAGACAAAGGGAAAUCAUUGGAGAAGAAAGUAGUUCGGAGAGGAAGGCCUUGCAAAGUGAUUGCAGCUGUGUCUGAAGAGCCAGAAAAACAAGAAUCUGACAAGAAAACCAAAAAGACUGAUGAAAAAGAGGAAGAACAGGUGGAUGAGGAUGAUGAGGAUGAAGAAGAAACUCAGAUACGAGCGACAACGCGGUCUGCAUCACGCCUGGAAGCUGAGAGGAUUGAUCAUCAGGGGGUCUACUCUGAAAGUAACAGAAACAAGCCCACAAAGCCUUCCACACGUGCAUUCAGUAAGUUGAGCAGCCCAGAUCCAGGCUCAGCACGUGACAAACGGUCUUCGUCUGGAAAGGAGGACACCACAUCCACAACACGUUCAAGAACCCAGCUUUCUCCUGCCGCCAAACUUGGACGCAAGCCUGAAGUCAGCCCUCCUGCAGUCCGCACUCGAGGGGGCCAAAGAACAGAGGAGCCAGCAGCCAAAAGGACAAAACGAACUUGAAAGUGACAUGUGCCAUAUUUGAGAUGUAAAUCUACAUAUUUUCCAUUUUUUAUGCAGUAUAAGUUUGUAUAUAUCCAGUAUUAUAAAAUAUGAGGCUUAUAAACACUAGAAAAACCUUAUGCAUUUAGGAUUUCUGUGAUUGUAAGGAUGUCAGUUUAAAAAAAAACAUUUUAAUGAUAUAUUGAUAGUGAAGUAACUUUGUUCUGGGUCACUUUUUCACAAGAUUGAUUUUUUUAUUGUAACAAAAGUCUUUUUAUUUGGUUAAACGUGCUUACACGCAUUAGAUUCUUCAAAAUGUUCAUACUUGACCAGAAUCGUAGUAAGAAUUGACCACUAUUUUGGUGUAAAAGAUUAGUGCUUAGAAUAUAGGUAUGGAGCUCGUCCCUUUUAAUAAUAAAUAGAUGCACACUUUUAGAAUCUGCUUGAAAUAUACUUUUUAUUUUACAUUUUCAACAUGUUAAAACCAUUAUUAAUUUCCAAUUUGACAAUGUUCACAUUCUAUGAAUGUUAGUAGAAAGCGUGCAUGUUCUUUUUUUUUUACUUAUGAUCCGGUAUGUCUAUAUUGUCAUUGUAAAUUGUAAAUUUCAUUAUCUUUAUUUGCUGAAAAUAGUUUUAGUAUUUUUAUUUAUAUUUUCUAUUCCAUCGUUCCUUGGAUUGAUACAAACUCUUAAACACCAUGCUGCACUAGGAAGCAUUAUAAGUAAUUUCUGCACUCCAUAUUUGUUAAACAAAAAAAUAAUAAAUCCAAUAUUAGGCAUUAAA